GUCAACAAUUAGUAAAGCUAACAAACACUUAGCAUGUUACUACACAUCGGUUAGAGUAGGAAUAAAAUACUAGAAAAAGCUAACAAAAUAUGCUAUUACAUGUAGGCAGAUGUUUUCCAUUUGUCCGUUUGGCACUAAAUUCUGGGAAAAGUUCAAACUUAAGCGACUCAAAUAGACAAAUAGCCUGGAACUCCGGAUACUAAACUUUUAAGGUGCAGGAAACCUGCUCCACGGUUGACUGCAACACCAAAGUAGAGCUUUCAUCUCCAUAACGGCUCUCCAAUUCAAGCAAUUGCAUACCAUCAUUUAAUUCCAAGAAGCUUUUGUAACUCCUACAGAGAGAUCCCACAGCCAGGAAACUCUUAUACAAUGAAAUGACCAGGACAGAAGAUAGGUGCACUGCAGCAGAAGAGGAAAAACCGGGAGAAGUCUCAUGGAAAUGCAAAGGUCUUCCCCACAGAAGCAAGCAGGGGUCGAGGUCACAAGAAGUAAAAGUUUGAAGGGAAAGUGGGCAAAACUAUACAUUAUCCGCCGUUGUGUCUUCAUGCUGAUUUGUUGGAGGGAGCAUAGAGAUAAAGCGAACAGGUAAAGUUAAACAUACAUACUACUAACUAUUCUAGGCAUGAGAUGAUUAUGAACUGCAAUGGCUGCUAAUGUCCGUAGAAAUUAUGGAGUAUGUAAGCAGCAAGAGAUGAGUAAACUUGCAGUAGACUUCUAAAGAUAAUGCAUUUUAUAGUCUUGCUUUCCCUCUCCUUUCUCUCCUUUUCCCUUCUAUCUAUAAAUUCAGGUUUCUGUA